AUCGAUCAAGGAAACAUAUCCUAUACUGAUUAAAAAUUAUAUUGAUCUGGAUGCUUUAUAUGAUGAAUUAAAAGAUCACAUACAGGGAAGUACAGCACCGCUAAAACCUGUACAGGUCUUUGAAUUAUUAAAAAUUAUAUAUGAGGGAGAAAAUCAUAACAAUAAUAAGCAUUUACAAGAAGAACAAAUUGUUGUGAAUGUAGAGGAUAGUAAAAAUGCGACUGCUGCCAUUAAUACUGAUUUGUUGGAUGAUGUUAAUAUCAACAAUGAUGUUGAUCAAAUGGAUGAUGACGAAUUAGUCAUCAUUAAUGAACGCUGGGGACCCUGGAAUCAAGAAUUUGAAAAUUUAUUGGAAAAUCAACAUGAAUUUUCUUAUGGAUCUUUACUAAGUCAUGAACUUUUUUCACAAGAUGAAGAAUCAAAUCCAAUUUUAAUGAAACUACCAGAAAUAUGCCAAGGAACACAAACUAUUAUUGAGGCAGUUUGA